CAUAGACGUACGCCUCCCGUCUAAACACCUAUCUUCAGCAGCUCCUGCGAAAACAAUCUACAGCUCACCGCGAAUUUCUAUAAGCCGAACGCGAAUCAUAGCUUUGGCAGCGUCUAGACAACGAGCCAAGUACACUACGUCCCACAAACCACACUCUCUACCGCGACCAUGGCCGCCAUCAUCGACGCCGACGACGUGAUGGAGCCCACCCUCCAGUCCAUCCUCGACCAAAAGUCGCUGCGCUGGAUCUUUGUCGGAGGAAAGGGUGGUGUAGGAAAGACAACCACGUCGUGCUCCCUCGCCAUCCAGCUCGCCAAGGCGCGCAAGUCCGUCCUCCUCAUCUCCACCGACCCGGCACACAACCUGUCCGACGCCUUCAACCAGAAGUUCGGCAAGGAAGCCCGUCUCAUUGAGGGCUUCACCAACCUGAGUGCCAUGGAGAUCGACCCCAACGGCAGCAUGCAGGACCUGCUCGCGGGCCAGAACGAGGAGGUGGAUGCCAUGAGCGGUGGCCUCGGUGGCAUGAUGCAGGAUCUGGCAUUUGCUAUCCCCGGUAUCGAUGAAGCCAUGUCCUUCGCCGAAGUCCUCAAGCAAGUAAAGUCAAUGUCCUACGAAACAAUCAUCUUCGACACCGCCCCGACAGGCCACACCCUCCGCUUCCUCUCCUUCCCCAGCGUCCUCGAAAAGGCCCUCGCAAAGGUCUCCCAGCUCAGCUCGCAGUACGGGCCCCUCCUCAACGGCUUCCUCGGCCAGGGCGGCCAGCUGCCCAACGGCCAGAACCUCAACGAGAUGAUGGAGAAGCUCGAGACGCUGCGCGAGACAAUCUCCGAGGUCAACACCCAGUUCAAGGACGAGAACCUGACGACUUUCGUCUGCGUCUGCAUCCCCGAGUUCCUGUCUCUCUACGAGACGGAGCGCAUGAUCCAGGAGCUGGCAAACUACGGCAUCGACACCCACAGCAUCGUCGUCAACCAGCUCCUCUUCCCCAAGAAGGGCAGCAACUGCGACCAGUGCACGGCCCGUCGCAGGAUGCAGAAGAAGUACCUCAACGAGAUUGAGGAGCUGUAUGACGAGUUCAACGUCGUCAAGAUGCCGUUGUUGGUUGAGGAGGUCCGCGGCAAGGAGAAGUUGGAAAAGUUCAGCGAGAUGCUGACCACGCCUUACUCACCGCCCGAGAUGGAUGCUUGAGUAUGAGUUCGUGAGCGGUUUCGGGUGAGGCAGCGGUUUGCAGGUGUUGAGAGGAUCAAAAACACGACUAUGAAUAUUUGGUUAUGACUGGAUGGGUAGCAUGAGGCGCAAGAGUCACGAGUGGAG